AUGGCACAGAAAAGCCGCAGAGAGUUAAUUGAGUGGAUAAGAUCACUGGGAAUCGAGAUUUCUGCAAUUGAAGAGCUCGGGAAGGGUGUGGUGAUAUGUAGGAUUCUGUCUCUAAUUCACACUGACUUCCCUUCAAACUACGUCCGGAACCCAGAUGGAGAGCACGAUUACUUGAGGAACAUGAAAGCAUGUCAGGGAUUCUUUGCAUCGAGAAACAUAAAACUCUAUUUCCCUGUCGACAAGCUGGUUAAAUGCAAAAUGCAAGACAAUCUAGAGGUGGCGCAAUGGCUAGCAAAGUAUUAUUCCAAGAACAUGGGAGAGAGGAAGCCCAGAGAGAGCACUAGAGAUGAAAGUCUAGGAACCUCUGCUUCUUCCUCCGUUAACUCACAUUGCUCUGGGUGCAAGAACAUUAAAGAGAUAGUGGAUGCAAAAGACAAUAGAAUUAGAGAGCUGGAAAGUACACUUUCAAGAAUGGAGGAUAGGAUUACACAGAUGGAGACUGAAAAACGCACCAUUGAGGAGCAAGCAACCAUCUCUGGUCCAAAGGGAUUUGAGGAUGAAGAAGUCAAGUCCUUGCUUAUAGCUUUUGAAAAGGAAAGAGACUUUUACUUCAAGAAACUAUUCACUGUCGAGAAAUACUUUCUAGAGAAAAAGGGACUUGAUGAAAGCCUCAAGAAUGAUGUGCUUAGUAUUCUUUAUGAAGAAAACAAUGAAUGA